AUGCUGUUUCUACAUGCUAUGCCGUUCUACUUAAAAUGGUAUUGGGAUUAUUGUGAUCCUGAAAAUUUUGUUAAAAUUUUACGAAUAUUAUUAAAUGAAUUUACGGCAUGGUUUACAAGCUGUGAGCCGGAUUCCUAUCUGGAACGUUCCUCUCAAAUCGAUGAUAUGAUUCGUCAUCUAAAUUAUCUUCUUGUUCGCCCAACCGAAUUUGAUAGUAUAAACAUUUUUAGUGAAGAAUUUUAUGAUAACUACUGUAAAUUAGUUUUACAUUGGUCAGCAAUUUUGUCAUCAAUUUUGGCAUGCUCUUCUUGUACAAUAAAUGUCAAAUCAGCAGCACGAACCAGUGUUCAAAUUUUGUAUAAUUUAACAUUACAUUCAAAUGUACUCAAUUUUAUGAAGACAAUACCGAGUUUGAUUUUGAUGCUGUUGAAAGUAACUGAUCUUGAUCAUGAUGAAAUGCAAUUGAAUGCAUAUCGUUGUUUGGGCAAAAUUAUGAUCGAAGCAGAUAUUAAAACUAUGACAAAACCGAGCAAAAUUGCAGCCGUACACAUUGAAUUUCUUAAAGAUACUAUCGAUGAUUCGAAACCAUCAGAACGAUUUUAUAGUCUAUUGGAAAGUUUGAAAAAUUUUGUUCAACAUGAUCAAGUUAAAAUUGAACUGAUAAGACAAGGAAUACUUCCUCUGCUAAUAACAUGUGUCUUGAAAAAUACAUUUGAUCCGAUCAAAGUACACUUGAUAGCUCUUGAAGUUCUUCUUGCUCUCGCGUUUCAUAAUCAGGCUUGUUCUUUUCUAAAACAAAAUGAAAAUUUCAUGAAUCACAUUCGAAUCUUUUCAAACAAGACGGAUUCGAAUCAAUUACGUUUACAACGAGUUGCUGAAGGACUUCUUUGGAAAUUAGAACAAGAAGAUGAAGCUGUUGCUAAACCAACUAUUUUGACUUGGUACAAAUACGAUAUUAUGAUAAGUUAUUCCCAUAAAGAUAAACAAUUAUGUCUUCAAAUCCAUCAACAAUUAAUCAACGAUGGGUUUCGUGUCUGGCUUGACAAUGAUUGUUUGCGUGGAUCUACAAUGGUGGGCAUAGCAAAUGCUAUCGAAAAUUCUCUAUAUGUAUUGAUAUGCAUGUCAAACACAUACAAACAGAGUGUUUAUUGUCAAUCAGAAGCUCAUUAUGCAUUCGAACGAGGUUGCCGUCUUAUUCCAAUCAUCGUCGAAUCAAAUUAUAAACCUGACGGAUGGCUAGGUAUCAUUAUUAGUGGCAAGAUCUAUGUCGAUUUUAUUGCAAAUGAAUUUAACGUGGCUUAUGAAAAAUUGAAGAAUGAGAUUAGUGAACAACGAUAUCAAAUUCCGAUUCAAUCGUCGACAAAAUCACAAAAAAAAUACGAGACCAAUACAACUUCCAUAAGUUUAGAAAAUGCUGUAUCGGUUUUCGAAUCGACAAUGUGA